AAACUCAACCACGAUCCUCGAACUAUUAGUUUGUUUUUUUGUUAGCACCUUGUUUUGUAGCAUGGCAGACCCCAAACUGCAGUGUCCAAAUAUAUAGAAUAUUUACUGUUUAAACGCUAUUUAAUACAUUUCAUCUUUUAUUAUUAUUACUUUUACAUUCAGAAGGAUCUCUAAGCAGAUGGGUAAAUUUUAUGAGCGAUCAGACAUUUUCAAAUACACAUGGGAUCAAGUAGCACAAGCUUUUUGGUCCAGAUAUCCUAAUCCAUUCAGUCAGCACGUUUUAUCAGAGGAUGUCGUUUUUCGACAAAUAAAAGACGGCAAGUUACAUUCUAAAAGGCUUUUGACCAAAACAAACAGGAUACCCAAAUGGGGGGAGAGAUUUGUCAGUACAAAGUGUGUUCGAAUAGUUGAAGAAUCUGUGGUUGAUCCAGUCAAUAAGGUUAUAACAACGUAUACAAGAAAUAUUGGUUUUAAAUCAGUAAUGACAAUUGAAGAAAAAUGCGUAUACCAGAUGUGUGAAGAUAAUCCAAAAUGGACCGUUGUGAAUCGUUACGCCUGGGUUUCGUCGUCAGUUUUUGGAUUUGCCCGAGCCAUUCAGGCAUUCGGAGUGGAAAGAUUUCGACAGAACUCAAUCAAAACUUGUCGAGGCUUCAAUUACGUACUGGAAAAUUUAUUUCCUCUGAUUCAUAAUCAAGAAACAGUUCCCAAUUUGAUAGUGAACAAAGAAAAAUUAAAGGACAAAGCAAAGAAAGCCACAGAAUUAGCCAAAUCAAAAGCUGAAGUUCUUGUUGCUGCCUGUAAUCCAAACAGUCAGUAACAAAUAUAUUUGUUAUUUCGGUACUUAAAAAUCUCUAUAAGAAAUUCUCAGUUGUAUAUGAUCAAAUUGAAUUUUUAAGUAGAAUAUCUAAAAUUAUUGCUCUAAAUAACUUUAGUUAAGCUUUUAUUUUCACAAUUUCUAAUAAUUAAGAUUGAGAGAGAAAAUCUUAAUAUUUUACAUUUAAAAACUAUACAAAUGUUGACAUUCAAAAACGUCUGAAUUCAAACUGCCAUAUAAAAGUAUCUUAGCCAUUCCUAUUUCUUUACUUACAAACCACUUUUGUACAGAUUAGCACAAAAAAAUUUACAUCAUAAUUUCUUUUCUUCUAUAUUAAUUUUUGUACAUUGAUCAAAGUGUAUAUUACAUAAAAUUUUUCAAUUAUGUUAAUAAUUAUACAGUAAAAUAAAUUGCACUGUU